AUGAGACUUCGGAUAGAUGACAUCGCUUGUGUCAUCGGAUAUAUCGGGUUCAUGGGGUAUUGUGUGAUAUGCUUGUUGAUGCUGAGAUAUGGAGGAGGCCUACAUCAAUGGGAUGUUCCUGAGCACCUUGUGCCCAAGUACAGCCAGACAGUCUAUGCCACCAUGGUCAACUAUGGCCCAACUGUCUUCGCCAUCAAAGCUGCCAUCCUUCUCUUCCUCGCCAGUGUUUUCGCCCCUUACAAAACCUACGUAAAAUGGAUCUACGCCUUCCUGAUCGUCAUGGGUAUCUACUACGUCGUUAUGCUAUUUCUUAAAAUGUUCAUCUGCCGUCCCAUAUCCAUGUUCUGGGGGGCCACAACCGACGGCGAAUGCUUCAAUCAGCGCGUUCUCAUUCUCGUGGACAACAUCAUCAGUCUUCUCAGCGACAUAGUGGUGCUUCUUUUACCCUGUCCUCUUACUAAAAAACUCCAAGUAGGGCUGAUGGCUAAACUCAAGAUCGUCGCUAUCUUUGGAGUUGGUGGUAUCGCCUGCAUUUUUAGCCUGGUUAGGCUGGUCUUCAUCAUCCAGAAUGGGGAAAGUCAGGAUCAGACCUAUGUCUUUCUCCAAAUCAAUCUCACCGGAAUCGCUGAGUGUGGUAUCGGUCUUGUCUGUGCUUGCUUCCCGUUUAUGCCAAUGCUUUGGAAGUCAAUUCUCCACAAGGACAAACCGGGCUACUCCUCUAAUUACUCCCGGUCCCAGUUUGAGAUGAUGAGCGGAUCGAAUAAGAGGUCGCGAAGCGCAACAAACAAUGCAGAGAGUGAUCACUACAAGGAGACCAUGGGUAGCGAUGAGAAUAUACUCAUACCUAACGGUAAAUCGUAUGUCACUACUAAAAUCAGAGCUGGAGAUGAUGGCGCUGAAGGGAGUAGUGUUGGCGAUGAGAACGGAGGGCAUGGGGCAAGUCUUGAUGACACUCAUAUUUUACGAACGGUGGAGGUUGUUCGACAGUACGAAGAGCGUUGA